AUGGGGAAACAAAAAGACAUUUUGGAGAAGCUGGCAGGGAUCUUUCAGAUCCGACAUGUGCUCCUCUGCCAGGCCCUGGCUGAAUGCCUGGGAACCCUCAUUCUGGUGAUGUUUGGUUGUGGUGCAGUGGCACAGCUGGUGCUAAGCCGAGGAUCCCAUGGCACAUUCCUCUCUGUUAACUUUGCUUUUGGAUUUGCUGCAACAUUGGGCAUCCUUGUGAGUGGACAGGUCUCAGGUGGUCAUCUGAACCCGGCGGUCACCUUCACACUGUGCUUACUGGGGAGAGAGCCCUGGAGGAAGUUCCCGUUGUUCUUCCUCUUCCAGACGCUCGGGGCCUUCCUGGGUGCAGCGAUCGUAUUUGGCAUGUAUUCCGAUGCAUUAUGGGACUUUGGCAAGGGGGAGUUGAUUGUGGUGGGGAAGAAUGCCACAGCUGGAAUUUUUGCCACAUAUCCUUCCAAACACCUCACCCUGCUUAAUGGAGUCUUUGAUCAGAUUAUUGGAACAGCUGCAUUGAUCGUGUGCAUCCUGGCCAUAGUUGAUCCACACAACAACCCAGUCCCUCGAGGUCUGGAGGCCUUCACUGUCGGCUUUUUGGUGUUGGUCAUCGGCCUGUCAAUGGGCUUCAACUCUGGGUAUGCUGUCAACCCAGCCAGGGACCUGGGACCGCGCAUCUUCACGGCUCUUGCAGGCUGGGGUGGAGAGGUUUUCACUGCAAACACCUACUGGUUCUUCGUGCCCAUCUGUGCCCCCUUCUUGGGCGCAGUGGUGGGUGUGCUGAUGUACCAGCUAAUGAUUGGACACCAUUUAGAAGGAGAAGUGCAAGAGAAGCAGAAGGAAGAGGAGGAGGAGGAGGAAAGGUUCAAACUUUCCAACAUGGCAACCAAUGAAGAUGCAUGAGCUCAUCUCUUUUUUUAACAACGAUGUUGCAGUUGGUAACAUUCCUGCCUAACACCUAUAUCUUCUGACGUUUAGGAUGUUUCACAUAUCGCUUUAAUUAACAUCACUUUUUGGAAAACACACAUCAGCGAUCACAGAGGCAUCUCUGAUGGCACCUCGUCAUAGGCAGGAACUGUUUCUGAGGAAAUGAUGACACCUGCUUUUGAACUCAUUUUCACUUAACUCUUGUGAGUUCUCUCAUUUCUGCGUGAAGCACAAAACAUUUUCUUUCAUGUUUCGUUUCUGACAAAAGAAUAUCAGCUCAGAGAGGGAAAAAAAAAACACAGCUAAACAAAAAGGCAGUUUAAGUUGAAGAGGUAUUUGAAAGGGGGACUUGUUUAUUUCUGUCUAAGGCGGAGGAAACUUUCAAAUCACCAUCAAAUCAAAAAGCAUUCACAUUCAUUUUUAUCCAGUCGAAUUUCUUUCCAUUUAAAAAGAAGCGUGAAUGGCACUUUGGCAGGGCCCCUCAGCCGGACGCACACUUUUCUUCUUGCACAAACCCAAAU